UUACCCCCCACUCCUCAGAAGUCUGUCACGUUCUGCGCCCACUACAAACACGAGAGACACAAGCGCACAGACAAACGCAAACAGAUCGACAAACAUAUUGAACAAUAUCACUCGGACCCUGAAAAACCGCAGACGGAAGUCAAAGAGAAACCGAAAGAUGACGACGUCAGAUAUUAUUCGGAACCGGACGGGAAGUAUUUUGAGAUCGACUACGAAUUCCUCAAAGAGUUACGUCAGAUCGCAAGAAAUAACUGCCCGAAAUGUCGCCGAAGAUCCAAGAAGGUCGACAACACGAAAAGAUAUAGAGAAAAGAGGCAGAAAGAGAGAAGAAGAGGCGAAGAGAACUACGUUUUGUGUAACGGGAGGUAUCACAGCGCCCGGCAACAUUGCAGAUUCUGCUGCAAAAUCUGCAAUCGAUCGACGGACACGCUCGACUCUUUCGACGACGAAUAUUCGUUCGUUUCGAAAAGUUACAGCUUCCCGUCGAGCAGAACCACUAGCUCUCGCUCGAGAUCGACCCCGAGAAGAUUCAAGGAGAGAAAGAAUUCGAUACAAUCGAAUAAAUCGGUGUCGUUCUUGGAGUCGAGCAACGAGGAAUCGAUGAAAGACGAACCGAAUUACACAGCGAAGAGUUUCACAAAUGAUCUGAAGAAGUUCUUACUCAAACCGUCAUCGCCUCGACUCAGUUUGAGGGAGAAGUUUAUGAUCAGUUUCAAGCAGGAGCUGGAGGCGACGAAAAAGUCACCGAAGUUAAAGGCUAUUAAGGGAUUGUGGAAAUCUUAUUAAAUUUAUCCUAAACGGAAGCGAAGAAUGCAACAUUUUGGUAUGUUUAACACGAAUUUUCUAUUAUAUUCUCAUCUUGUGCGAUUUUCCAUUCGGGUCGAGUUACAAUUUAUAUCAGAUUUGAUUAGAUUCGAUAUGAAAAUGUAUUUUUUUCGGUGCUGUGUUC